AUGGCACAGAGUUUGAUUGCAAUUACUCAGGAACUUGGUUCGAAUGAUAACAGCAACAGCAUAUCGACUAAAGAAUUUUUGCAAUUUGAAAAGACUUGUGAAGCGUACAAAGAUGAUGACGAAGAAAUUAAAAUGAUUUUUAACGAAAUUAAGAAAUUAUCGGCACACAACAAGCCUGAGAAUGUGAUAAGUGAAGAUAUUGAUGAUGUUGAUUUCAUUCUAAAAAGGGCUGAAGAUAUUGCACAGGAAACUGAAAUUUUACUCAAAAGCAGUCCUAAGUCAACAGCAAAGAGUAUCUGCAGCCCAAACAAGAGUGAACCAAGUGUUAUUCCCCAAAUCAAAGUAACAAAACCCUGUGAGAAUGAAAAGGAUGUGUCAGAGCAUAAGGAAAAUAAUACUAAGGUUAACCAGUAUGCUAAACAAAAUGCUAAGGAAAACACUGAAAUACGCCGUAAGCCAAAGUUAAGGCCUUUCUCCGCGGGCGUCAUCGAUUCAAAGAAACGCGAAACAAAUAAGAUUACAAAGUCAGUUACAAAUUCUCCUAAGAAGACGGUUAGUUGUAAACACGAUAAUUUGGUAGAAGAAUUAAAGGACACGACGGAAAGAGCAAAAAGCUUAGAGUUGUUAAAUGUUCAACUAAAUGAUGACAAUAAAACGUUAAGGAAGAAAUUGGAAGCUAUCUCUGAGGAGAAACAUGUUGCGGAAUUGAAGUUAGCUGAAUGUGAAAAGUUUGUAGGGAGAUUAAGUAAGGAAUAUGAGAAUAAGAGCACAGAAUUAAAGAGCAUUAAGGAAAAUGAAAAUAAAAUAUUAGCGGAACUUCAAAAAGAACGGAAUGAUAGGAAAAAUCUGACCAUACAACAUGAGAAGGACAUUGUUAUCAUACACGACUUACAACGCCAAGUAAAAGAAAUGGAGAUGAUAUUAAGAAGAAAACAUCCAGACUCUGUGUCAGCUUUGAUCGUGGCUUCAAAAUCGUCAACAGUAGAAGAUAACAAGAAAAAAUUAUUGGAAGAACGUAUUGCCAGAUUAGAGCAAGAACUUAAGGACAAGGAGGACCAUUUUCAGGGCAUAUUAUUGACGUUACAAGAAAAGUUUGGAGACAUGAAACAAAAAUACGAAAGUCACAUUAUAGAUGUUGAGAGACAGCUAAUGGAUGACCGAAAAGUCAAUACUGAAUUGAAGAACAAGUUGAAUAAACAAAAUCUAGUCGAUGCAGCUACUCAAACUGUAACAAAGAGUAAACAUACGAUAUCAACACAAACCUUCAUUAAACCAGACAGGGCAUCGUCUGCAGUAAGCAGACUGUCACAAAAUUCGGCUUUAAUUUUAAAUAGGUUAAAAGAGGACAGUUAUUUAGUAGCUACCAUAAAAGGGUUGCAAUCUGAACUCACAGUCAAACAACGGACUAUUGCUAAGAUAAACAGAGAGACUGAGGAAUUAAGGAAAAACUUACGGAAUCUACAAAAGGAAAAAGAAGUGUUGCUUAAUCUACAUCCGCACAAGAAGACUAGUAAUAGAAGCAAGUCAACUGAGAAUAUAUUGGCAAGGAUGAACACGGAAAUGGAAGCCGAACUAGCGGAAAUAAGGACACAAAAGGAAGUGCUAAUGCAAGAACGGAACACGUUACUCGAUUCAUUAAAACGUACGAAUGAGGAAUUCAUAUUGUUGAAGAAGAAACGGAUUCAAGAUCUUCAUACUCUACAACUAGCACACGAAAAGGAGUUGAUGCAGAUGAAUCUCCAAGUUUACCCGUUGCAAGAGGAGAUUAAACUUCUCAAUAAAACAGUGGAAAUUCUUCAGGAGCGAGUGCGGACUACGGAAGAAAAGCUUAUGAGGUACCAGGCUGGCAUGAAAGACGACGUGCUUGCGGGAGGCGACAAUAAUUGCAAUAAAAAUAAAAGGGACCGUUAG